AGCGUGAGCCACAGCCAUCUGUAGUGGUCGUGGUGUUACAUGGUGUUACGAUGUCCACUGUGCCCACUGGUGUAACGUAACCAACGUAACUACAAAAACGUAAUCGUUAUAACGUGGUUUAAACAUCAUAAUUUUGAACUAAGUAUAGUAACUACAGAUGUUCAGAACGUGGUUAUCUUUUCGUUACCUUUCGACAAAGGCUAGUUAUCUUAGUUUCCGCAGCCGUCCAAAGCGUCUGUCAGGUUAUAACUUGUUUUUGAAGACGAUCUGGCCUUCGUUGAGACAACUAAACCCAGUUUUAAACUGUUUGCAAUAUGCAGGAAAUGAUUUCAAGCAAGUGGCCUCUAUUGCUGCCAAAAAGUGGAGAGCAGUGGAUGAGCAUACAAAACAGCUGUAUGCCAACAAAGCAAAGGAUAUUUCGGUGCAGCGUGAGAAGCAGUACAGUGAAUAUUUGUCCAGUUUGAAAAUUGAAGAGAUUAUGGCUGCUGGUCGAAAGACCAAGGAUCUGCACCUGAGGAGCAAGAGCAAUCAUUUGGAAGCAAAGGUACGACAACUAAAGAAGCCAGGGCAACCUCGGUCAGCGUAUAUUUUGUUCUGCAUUGAAGCCAGACAUCCUAACCUAAAAUUGACUGAGAGUUCAAAACUUCUGGCUGAAAAAUGGAAAAACCUGUCAGACUCUGAAAAGCAGGUCUACCAGCAGAGAGCAGAAGAGGACAAGAGGCGCUACCAUGACGACAUGAUUGACUGGGAAAUGUGCAUGCAGCAGACUGGAAAUUCACAAAUUCUUCAAGAAUAUUUUCAAGAAACGAAUAGUGCUGAUAAUGUAAAAAAGCACCUGGCUAAGAGGCUAACACAGUGUGAAGAAAGCUUAGGAGGAUGAGAAGUGCUGCCAGGAACACCUGCUGAAAAUGUUACAAAAACUGGUAAUGCAAAAAAUAGUUGUUGCUUCAUUGGCAUGUGGUGAUAUUCUUUUUAAAUCUUGAAACUGGACCUUUCUGUUAUGUCACCAUCAUGUUGACCAUACCACCACUUCAUUCUCAGCUUCAGCCCAACAAUAAACAAAUAAGAGCAAAACUUUGCCCACCACUGUCAUUGGGGAUCAAACUCAUCUCCAUGCAAUAAUGUACAUUUGGGAGCUGGACUUGCUAACCAGUGAACUAUCAAGUUUUAUGCUUUGCAAUAUGUGCAAGGUUUUGUGCAUCAUGCAGGCUUCAAGUGGUGGUAUGUGCAUGUAUUGCUGGGGCCACAGCAGGCUAAUUGUUGCAAAGACUGCAUUGCGAAGGAGUUUUUUUUUUUUUUUUUUUUUUUAGAAGAUGGCUGUGCCCACUAUUGGAGCUUGCUGUUGUCACAGUAAAUGAGCAUAUUAUUCUGGACAUAUCUUUUGUAAAUGUUGAUCCUGUGUAUCAGCUCAAUGAAUAAACUUUUUUUAUGGGAA